AUGAGCCCAAACAGUGAAGACUACGCUAAACCUGCCCGUUUUGACGGCAGCGACUACCUUCUACGGGCAUACAAGAUGCAGAUGUUUCUCUUGUCACGAGGUGUUCAUGACGUCGACAAUGUCAAGAAGCAGAAAGCGCAUGCGGCAAUUGUGCUCAACCUGGUCGACAACCAGCUUCAGCACGUAAUCAGCGCCGACAGCGCAGCUGAUUUGUGGAUGGUGCUUCGGCGCAUUCACGAAGGCUAA